AUGUCGUGGUUCACCUCAUGGUUCACGUCGUCAAAGAACCCAGUGCCUCCUCCGGCCAGUCAGCCUGCUGCUGAGAAACGCGUCCUUGAGGAACCCGUAAAACCGGCCGAGCCUACUACUGUUGAAGCACCCAAAUCCAUCACCACACAGCAACCCACUCAGAGCGAGCGCUUGAGCAGGAAUAAACUCAUCUUUGGAGCCGGCGCCGUGUUUUUCGCUUUCUCCCUCCUCGUCACCCGAAGAAGCCUCGCGCGAAAACGGCUGGCCUCCAACCCGGCCUUCUAUGCCAAUGCUCCCGCACACCAGGCAGAACAAGCGAAAAAAGUGAACGGGGCGAUGGAGGCCGUCGAGGCAUUGAACAUUGCGACGAUCAACGUCCUCAGUCUGUCGAUGAUGGCCACGGGCGGAGCGUUGUGGUAUCUCGACAUUAAUAGCUUGGCCGAGGCGCGGAGGAAGUUAAGAGGUGGACUGGGCAUUGACGGGGCGGGCAAGUCGGAGAAAGAAGCAGAGGAAGAGUUUGAGGAGUGGAUGGCGACGGUGCUGGCAAGGAAGGAGGCCAAAGGACCAAGACCGUCGCAGACGAAUGACCGGGGUCAAGAGAGGUGA